GGGACCCCUGUGCUAUUCACCUUUUGGCAAGUCACAAUGUGAAGUCCAGGGCCAUCUCGGUUCCCAUUCGCUCGUCCCUCCUGAUAUGCCAAGUGGUUGCAUGCUCAGUAUAGUGAGAAGUCCCGCAUUGAGUAGUUCUGGAUCUGGUUCCUUUUCCAUAUCCAUGAGCUCGAUCAUAUCCCACUCACUACUGCGUACUGGUCCUGCCCACAUGUCACAGUGGCGACGGCGCUUCAUAGGAAUCUAGUACGAACAGGUAGGAAUAUAUUCUAUAUAGGCAGAGAGGCCCCUGCUUCAGCCGCCGACUUCUCAGCUGUGUGGCGCGACCGCUGAGUUUAUACAUGGUUCUUCUCCCUUGUUGCGAUUCCGUAACCAACAGCCUUGACCAGCGGUUCUUGUGCCACGGGCCAGCCGAAGCUUGGUUCUAUAUCAAUUGCCACAACUCAUUCGCACCAAGCAAAUAGCUACUCCCAUUGAUACCAAGCGUCUCUACUGUCAACUUCCCCCAUAUACUCGGCAAUUGUCGCUUGAUGCGGAUACGGUAAUGCGCUCACGUUGACUGAUUGACAGCGGCGCCCGCAAUUUGCCUCUCUCACGAUUGCCAUUCAGAUUUUUCACCGCCAUGCGUCGCAGCCACGUUGUCGUCGCGCUGAGUGCGCUCGCACAUAGGGCAUGUGCAGUUCUUGUUGCGCAGCACUCUCCUUGCGAAUCGAGCUGCGGCAAUGUUCUCGAUAGUACCACACAAGACCAGAUCGUCUGCAAUGAUGCAGAUUACGGUACGUCGGCGGGAAAGGUCCUGCAGUCUUGUGUGACUUGCGAAUCAAGAAGUACAUACACAGUUACCGGUCAGAAUCAACCUGCAUCGGACUUGCAAGCUAUGCUCUUCAACAUGAGAUAUACAGCGGCUCAGUGCAUAUUCUAUAAGGAUGGGGGGCCGUGCAGUACUGAUUUCUCUUGCAAGCGCUUGCGAGGUGCACUGGAGUACGGUAAUUUCUCUACAGACGUAAGCCCUUAUGGGUAUUGCAGCCUUUGGAGCGACUAUGACCUCUCCAAGUGCACAAACUGCUUGCAAGCAGGUGAUCAGGCUUAUGUUCGAAAUUUUGUAUCCAUCCUGUCGGGGGCAUGUGAAUUAAAGGUCGAGCCCCCGAGCAUUAUCCCAUUAGAAGGUGACAUAUUCUCCCUGGAGAUGGCCAACGUCACCAAGCCCACAGCAACAGCUACUGUCCAAGUUCAUAACAAAGUUGGGCCCCUGAGUUACGGCGCACUUGCGGGCGUUGUCAUUGGUGGUGUUGCAUUCAUAUUGGUCCUCCUCGGUUGCGGCGUUGUAAUCAAUGGGAAGCGCCGUAGAAAAAACUACUUACGCCGCCGUGAAGAACAAGCGAAAAACUGGCCGAGCCCUCAGGCGGCGGGGGACAUGUUCGAGACGCCUCUUAGCCAGAAACCUCUGCGGGGCGGAUGGGGAGACUCUCCUGUGAGCGCUGUUACAUCCGAGGGUCAUUACCAAUAUCCUCGUUAUUUCUCGCCUUAUACUACGCAAUUCGACAGCCCAAUAAGCUCCGUCGACGGUUAUGGACAGCCGGCAUGGCCAAUUGAGAAAGCACAGAGUAUUGGCGUGGCUUUGAGUCCAGAUCACGAUCAUGCAGAGUCGCCAUGGGGCGAUAGGAAGGGCAAGGAAAAGGCGGAUGCAAGCGUUGAUGGCUACGAGCUGCAAGAGGGUGUUAACAGCGCGGGAGGCUACGGCUUCCAGGUUCCACCACCACCUCCGAUUCCAUCUACAGCGCCAGUACUCAAUCACCCCGGUUAUGGCAGGCAAGGUCAGGCACGGCGGACACCAUCACCAUCAUAAUCAAAUGUUUUAGAACUUGCUUGCUAUUCAGGGGAGAGUUUUGAACGGUCGGGUUUACCCAUCUUCUACAUUUUAUUCUGCAUAUCUCAUAAGCUUGGAGUUGGGGCGCAUGUAUGACUUGAGACUUCGAUCUCAAACUUCGGGGUCUCUGAAAUCGUUAUGAUAUAUACCUUUAUACCAAGCAGAUCAAGGGUGGGGAGGUCUUUUCAUUAGGCGAUUACUUAUCACUGUACUCUUGAUCUCGCUGCAGCACAGCUUGCCUGUUUUUAUGGAAGAAAAAUCUCAUACAAAUGACUUAAUACCUACCUUGAA